CGUGCGGCGUUCCCUUUGAGGAUGUGGUGUUGACGCCGUCCGGUUUCAGGCUUUGGCACCGCGAGAUAGGACACUCAUGCCUCUCUUUGUCAGUGAAUGAACUGUCGUCAGCGAGGCGGCCGCGUCCUCACGCCAGGCUGUCGUCUUGAAGAAUUCCUGAACGAGCGGUGACUCUCCUGACGAAGAUGUCGGGGAUAGGUGGGAGGAUGGGAGAACAAGGCGCCUACUGUGUCCUCGUGGUCUUCGUCGCUUGUCUCAACCUCGUCCAGACCGAAAUUACCACAGAACCCACACUCUUAACCACAGACCAGACGAUCACAAUCUCGGACUUCUCAACCACAGAAUUCUCGGACUUCCCAAGCACAAAAGAUUUCGCAAUGACCACAAACUCGGCAGAAACGACUUCGGAAGAAACGACCAUUGAUGUACAAACUACCACCGUCUACCACAGGCCCCUAACUGUGCGGAGUGUGUCGUUAGAUAUAGAAGUCAAAGAGGUGAACUGGAAUGUCACGGUGUCAUGGGCUAAUAGCUCAGAAGAUUCUAAUUACAGCUACAACGUGACCGUAAAGUGCGUAGAUGAAACGGAGAAGAAGGCAAAAUGUGGAUGUCUAAAGUGCGAAGAGUUUCACGAAACAACGGAAAAAGACUACAUAAGUUUCGUACUGAGACCCGCUACGAACUACAGCAUUGAAGUUAUCGAUCUGAACUCGACACACAACGGGAGUGUUUUUUAUCGAACACGUCCAGAAGAAGUGCUUCAUUUCCCAAAUGUGACUCUAUCAACGAAACGAAAAAGCGUGGAUUUUGAGUGGAAAAUCAACUGUCCCUACACAGUGCCUGCUACAUAUUCCAUAUUAUUCAAUGGGACUUCGAUCACGCCGAAAACAGGUAAUUGUUCUCACAAGGUCCACAUCCCCGGGUUGAAACCCUUUACGAAUUAUACAUACUGGCUACAGUGUCUUGGUGAGAAGAAUUGCCCGAUUAAAGACUGCCCAGGAGAAUCCAGUGUCACUCCCGCCAUAAACGUACCCUCUGGUUCCUGUCAGGGUAUAUCGAACGAUUUCAGGACUCUACCUGAUGUGCCAUCCAAGCCCAGGUCCUUAGCUGUACAUGGACCCCCUUUUGACAACCAAAAUAACGAGAGCAGCAUAGCAAAGAUAGUGUGGAAAGUCCCAGAAUUCGCAAAUGGGAUCCUGCAUGAAUACCUGAUUACUAUUGAUUUAGAUGGACAAAAUAUCAUUAACCGUCCUGUAAAAGCUACUGUGGAAAGGGUUUCCUUGCGACCAGAAACAUCCUAUCGCAUCUGUGUGAAGGCGAGGAACAAGGAACCUAAGGAAUAUGGCUUGAAAAAUUGCAAAAACACUACGACCAAUAGCGGCAUUCCCUUCUUUACGGGUCAACCCUGGUACGGUCCCGAUCAUAAAAUCUCCACGAGAUAUUUCAUUCAUAUCAAUUCCUCUGCCUUCGAUGAAAGCAAUGGCAAAAUCAGGAAGCAAGAAGUAUUAUUCGCCAAAGCUGACAGAGAACUGAAAGUAGUCGACGUUAUAUCACAGCCCCUGAAGAACCAUUCCUCGUUCGAAUUCGAAAAUCUAGAGCCCGGGACUAAGUACAAAUUCGCCAUCAGGAUAUCUACCACUGACGGAGCGAAGAUGUCCGAUAUUUACACAUUCCAGACCGAAGAUGCCCCCAUCAGCAGAAUAUUGGUGGCUUUUUUAACGAUAUUUGUGGUCGCACUGGCUGCCGUUGCUGUUAUCGUCAUCUACAAUCGCCGAUUCUCUCAUGUCGCAAUGCAACUCUUCCCGUCCCGCAGCAAAGCAAGCACUUCCAUGGAGCUUCCUCUGGUGGUCACUUACCCCCCAGACGUCGCCACCGAGAGACGGAUCCUGGUCAGCAGCCUCCUCGAUACAGUCACUGAACUCCACAACGAUGGAGGCCAGCAACUUAUCCGGGAGUACAAUGAACUCAAAUCCAUCAGUCCAGCAAAGUCCACAUACCAUGCAAGUCUCGGCAUCAACGAUUAUAAGAACCGUUACAUCAACAUCCUGCCGUUUGACGACAGCCGUGUUAUUCUGAAUGAGUACAGGGGAAUCCCUGGCAGUGAUUAUGUCAAUGCCUCUUACAUCCACGGAUACAGUAAGCCAAAGGAGUUUAUAGCUAGCCAGGGACCCAAAGAGGAACUGAAAGAAGACUUUUGGAGGUUGGUGUGGGAGAAGAACGUCCACGUCAUCGUCAUGGUCACCCAGUGUGUGGAGGCUAACAAGGAUAAGUGUUGCCCGUACUGGCCCUCGGCAUCAAACGUGCAGGGCUGGCGUCUCGGAUUCUCGAAGCUUCACGUUCGAACGGUGCUCGAGGUGAACCAUCAACCAGGCGGAUACAUCACCAGGAAAUUUGAGCUGUCCAAGGGUUCACGCACUCGUGUCAUCCAGCACUUCCACUAUGUUUCGUGGCCUGACAUGGGCUGCCCUCAGACCCCCGAUCAGCUAAUUCAGUUCGUCAAGGUAGUGAGAGCCGCCAUCCCUCGGGAAAGUUCACACACGCUCAUCCACUGCAGCGCUGGGGUGGGUCGGACGGGGACAUUCAUAGCUCUGAGCAACCUCAUGGACGAGAUGGAGGCUGAUGGAAGCGUCGAUGUGUUCCACUGUGUGUACAGAAUGCGCCAUCACAGGACCAACAUGGUGCAGACACAGUCGCAAUAUUCUUUCGUCUACAAAUGCAUCCUGAAGCACUAUCUAGACUCCAUAGGCGAAAGUGACAAAUACUGCUUAGAGGAUUCCGAAUCGGCCAGUCUGAAUACCAACGUAAGCGUGAUUCAGGACAAUCCCUAUUUUAUGAAAGACGAAUACAGAGAGGACGAGGGACUUAUUCCAUUCACCGAUGAUGAGGAAGAGGACGACGACGAGAAGGAGAAGGAGAAGAAGAAGGGAGGAGGCAAAGACAAAGCCAAAGUUCACGAAAACGAACAACACGAGGAGGAAAAAGCUGCACUUAUCGAGGAAAAACAUGAUGAUAACGUGAAAGCAAAUGGCAUGAUAAAGAAUGAGGAAAACAGUGAGUGUGAAUGGGAGGAUAUUAAUAUAGAGGAAAAUGAAAAGAAUGGGGGGAAAGAAGGCGAAAAUAAAGUCUUACAAUUGAACGGAAAUUAGAAUUCUGAAAUUCUGAUUAAUUAUAGUGCGGUUAGAGAGACAGUUUUCGUUUGAAGUUAAGAAACUACUUCUUGAUUCAUGCUUCACCUCUCUGAUUCACAGAAAUUUGUAAUAUAAAAAAAAGUAUUGAUAUGUGACUUACAGAAAUUUGUAAUAUAAAAAAGUAUUGAUAUGUGACUUACAGAAAUUUGUAAUAUAAAAAAAGUAUUGAUAUGUGACUUAAAGAAAUUUGUAAUAUAAAAAAAGUAUUGAUAUUUGACUUACAGAAAUUUGUAAUAUAAGAGAAAAAGUAUUGAUGUGUGAUUUACAGAAAUUUGUAUAAAAAAAGGAUACAGUUCCAUGAACAAUUUAGAACUUUUUCAUUCUGUGGCCCCCGACCAAUAUGUAAUAUAAUCUCAAUCGCCCGGUUUAGGGACUGUCAACUUUUCAGAAUCAUUUAUUACUUCUUAUGAAUAGUGUGAUGGUGUCAAUUACUACAGGAAAGCCCAUUUUAUGGAAAUAUUCUGAUUAACUGAUAUGGAGAGGUGAUUUAUAGUUAUGGAUUUUAGCAGGUAAUCCAUAAAUGUAAAUACUGUUAAUAUUUAUAUAUGUUAGUCAAUGUAUAAACAUUAAGAAUGUUUAUAAGGUAACUUUGAAAACUAUAUGAUUCACAUUAUCUUAAUACGUGUGUGUGUGUGUGUGUGUGUGUGUGUGUGUGUGUGUGUGUGUGUGUGUGUGUGUGUGUGUGUGUGUGUGUGUGUGU